AUGUCUUCUGAGGAAAAACAACCCACCGUUGCUCUUCAGGAUUCCGAAGAACAUCCAGAUUAUCCAGGACAACAACACACUGAAGAACAUUCAGACCUUCCAGGGCAACACACCGAAGAAGUUGAUGCCAAUCCUGAGGACGCUGAAGCACUUGAAGCAAUGAAACAGCGCGUAAAAGAAAUGGAGGAAGAGGCAGCAAAACUUCGUGAACUACAAGCAGUCUACGAAAAAGAGAUUAAUAGCAGUUCGGAAGAAGAUAAAGAGGCAAUUGAUGCUAGAUCGAUUUACGUUGGCAAUGUUGAUUAUAGUGCCACUCCUGAGGAACUUCAGGCACACUUCCAAUCUUGUGGUACAAUCAACAGAGUGACCAUACUUUGUGACAAAUGGACAGGACAUCCAAAAGGUUAUGCCUAUGUUGAAUUCGCCGAUCCGUCAUUAAUCGCUAACGCAAUGACUCUUAAUGAAACAUUGUUACAUGGACGUCCAAUCAAAGUUACCGCAAAAAGAACUAAUAUCCCCGGAUUUAAUCGUGGUGGUAGAGGUCGAGGUCGCGCUAACUGGCGAGGAGCAGGCGCACAAUUUUAUGGACAUUACCCUCCAACGAUUAGAGGAGGACGCGCAAGAGGACGACGCGGAUUUGCGCCUUAUUAA